GAGCGACGAUGUCAUUGCCCUAGGGAUUCGGUUUCGAUUCGAACUAUCUCUUACAAGCAUAAGGUAGGCAGAAUGCCAGAACACCACCGCCGCCGUGCUCACUCUCGCUCUCGCUCUCCUCAUCAUCAUGGCCAUAGACCUUCCCACCAUUCUUACCGUUCCCGGUCUGGUGAAGCGUCUCGCCAGCACACCAAGAAGUCUUCUGUGCCAGCCAAACCACUACCCUACGGAGCGCGAGAGCUUUCACGGCAUGACCUCCCAGGCUACCGUCCCCUAUUCGCUCUAUAUCUAGACAUUCAGAAACAACUGAACCUCGAGGAGCUGGACGAUACGGAGGUGAAGGGGCGAUGGAAGAGUUUCCUCGGAAAAUGGAAUCGUGGAGAACUCGCGCUGGGCUGGUAUGAUCCGCAGACUUUGGAGAAGGCAAGAGCCCAGGACCUAGUCUCACCCUCUCCCCAGCGGAGGACGAGUACAAGACCGGACCAGACGAGGACGUCCGAUGCUCGACCGUCUCCUCAGGGCGACGGCGAAACCGAAGAAGAGGCAGACUUCGGUCCUACCCUUCCCUCGUCCCUCACGUCCCGAGCCGAGCAUGACGACUUCCUCAUGUCUCGAGGUCAAGGCGCCUCCAUCCCUUCCCUCGACGACCUCCGUGCGCGGGACGAUCAGGCAAUUGAAGAGGCCCACGCCGCCCGGCGAGAGCAUACGGAACAGCUCCGUCACGAGCGUCACCUAGAUCGCAAAAUUCAAAAAGAGCGUCUGGACGAACUCGUGCCCCGCGCCGAACCGGGGAGUCGCGAGCGCCAACUAGAGAAAAAGCGGGAGCGUGCUGAAGCGAACCGCACCUUUGCGGCUUCGAAGGAAGCAUCCGGCGAAGUGGAAGUCAUGGACUCGGAUCUCAUGGGAGAGGAAGACGGUUUCGCAGACCUUAAGAAGCUGCAAAAGGAGCAGGAAAGAAAGAAAAACGAGAGGGAGCUUCGAAGAGAGGAGAUAUUGCGGGCCAGGCGGGCUGAGCGAGAAAUCAAAUUACAAGCCGUGAAAGAAAAGGAGGAGAAAACCAUGAGUAUUUUUAAGGAAAUUGCACGGCAGCGCUUCGGUGGAGGAGAGGCCUCAUGAUCGUGUGGAACAAACAAAGACAACACUUUUUUUGGAUUUUGCUGCAGUAUGGGUAUCUAACUUGCGUUGAGAGCAGCGACCGCCUCUGCGCCAUCAGGCUGCUGCUGCUGCUGCUGCUGCUGCUGCUGCU